AUGCUUCAAGCUAUCCUCGCCACCUUCUUUCUCCUCAUACCAUUUUAUUGCAUAUACAAACCCCCAUCUCUGCUCAUUCGUUACUGUCAACGUCGCUGGCCCGACGUGCUCUUCCGCGUGGACACAAACAAAAAAGUGGUCGCAUUGUCGAUUGACGACGCCCCCUCUAUACACACACCUGCAAUUCUUCGUCUAUUGCAAUCGCACAAUGCAGCUGCGACUUUCUUCGUGAUAGGAUCCCAAAUCCCAGGACACGAAUCUGUCUUGGCUGAACUCGUACGAGCUGGCAACGAACUCGCCAACCAUGCCAUGUAUGAUGAGCCAUCGCGUGCACUCAGCAACGACGUCUUGGCAGAGCAGAUGCGAGCAGUCCAUGUCAAAAUCCAGGAGGCAUAUGUCGCAGCUGGAAAUACAUCCCAGCCUGAGAAUUGGCUUUUUCGCCCUGGCUCGGGAUUUUUCAGCACCCGGAUGAGAAAUCUCGUAAAGGAGCUGGGAUAUCGGCUCGUGCUUGGCGAUGUGUAUCCGCAUGACCCACAGGUGCCAUUUUGGAAAUUGAACGCGAGUCAUAUUUUGAGUAUAGUCAAGCCAGGAAGUAUUAUUGUCUGUCACGAUCGGAGAGAGUGGACAGUGCCUAUGUUACAGAAGGUGUUGCCGGAGUUGAAUCGCAGAGGGUAUCGCGUUGUCACGGUCUCCGGGUUGUUGAAAGAGACCAGUUCAAACUGA